ACAUGAGUGGAGCAAGGUGCAGGCAGGGAGGCUGCGUGUCAUGAGCGGAGCGGUCCUCGCACAUCACGCAUGCACGACGUGAGGAGUCCCCCUCUGCUCACACCGUGAAAACGCCCCUCCACUCUCCUCCGAGCCCUUCCCGACCGUGAGCCAUCCUCGCCGGCUUGUGUGUGUCUGCUGUACCCAGCCUGCAGGGCUUCAUCUCGGGGCAGAGUGAGAGGGGCGCUCUCUCUGGGGCGGUGGCGGCGGCGCGUCUUCCCUGCAUCCUCCCACGAUCGCAACCCGGACUGAAGCCCGACACGUUUGGACCUGGACGGUGACAGGGCUGCAUUCCAUUUCUAUGACAACAGAGAAGGCCUUGGCUGAGGAUAUAAGCAGCGCGAUGGAGGGUGACGCCAUGAGGACCAAUCAGGAAGGGGUUUCUCCCAUCCAGGUUCCUGAGGACCACGGUGAAAUGGAUGAUAGCUCAGAGCAGACCCCCAGCAAAGCCUCCAAAUCCCCCCAGAAAACCAACAAGCGGCCCAAGACUGUCCCGGUCAAAGUCACUCUACUGGACGGCUCAGACUAUGAGACUGGAGUUGAGAAAUUCGCCAGGGGCCAGACCCUGCUGGACAUGGUGUGUGGCCAUCUGAACCUGCUGGAGAGGGACUACUUUGGCCUGUCUUUCCAGGACACCGACAACUCCAAGAAUUGGUUGGAUCCCUCCAAAGAGAUUAAGAAGCAAAUUCGGGUUGGCUCCUGGAUUAUGGGAUUUUCUGUCAAGUUUUACCCUCCAGACCCGUCUGUACUGAUUGAAGACAUCACCAGGUACUACCUGUGCCUGCAGCUGAGGGACGACAUUCUGUCCGGACGUCUACCCUGCUCAUUUGUCACCCACGCUCUUCUGGGCUCCUACACUGUCCAGGCCGAACUGGGUGACUACGAGGCCGAGGAACACGGCCCCGACUACGUUAACGACUUCCGAUUUGCCCCCAACCAGACACGUGAGCUGGAGGAGAGAGUGAUGGAGCUUCACCGUAACUACAGGGGAAUGAGUCCGGCAGAUGCAGAGGUGAAUUUUCUAGAAAAUGGGAAGAAGCUCUCGAUGUAUGGAGUGGACCUGCAUCACGCUAAGGAUUCAGAGGGAAUCGAUAUAAUGCUCGGAGUGAGCGCCAACGGUCUGCUCAUUUACCGGGACCGCCUCAGGAUCAACCGGUUCGCCUGGCCCAAAAUCCUCAAGAUCUCCUAUAAGAGAAGCAACUUCUACAUUAAGAUCCGACCUGGAGAGUAUGAACAGUUUGAGAGCACCAUAGGCUUCAAGCUGCCCAAUCAUCGGGCGUCAAAGCGAUUGUGGAAGGUCUGCAUUGAGCACCACACCUUCUUCAGGUUGGUUUCUCCAGAGCCGCCUCCCAAGGGCUUCCUGGUGAUCGGCUCCAAGUUCCGCUACAGCGGGCGAACCCAAGCCCAGACCAGACAGGCCAGCGCUCUCAUCGACAGGCCUGCCCCGCAGUUCGAGCGCUCCGUCAGCAAGAGGUACUUGCUGCCUCGAAGCAUGGAUGGAGCCUCAGCUCUGGGUGAUAGCAUGGACCAAUUGUCGCAGCGAAGCUCCAGUGAACGCACACAGUUCAUGUCCAGAGAAGACCUAGACCAAGAGGGGAGCCUGGAUCUGGACCAUGAGCCAUACCACUAUCAGGACCAAGACCAGGACCAGUACACAGAUCAAGAGCUGGAGGGUCAAUAUCAGAAUCAGAUGCGGGGCUCUUCAACGCCCACAAGGACUUUAGAGCUUAAGUGUCCUCCACCUCAUCCUUUCCUGCAGAGUGAAGAGGCAGGUUCAUUUGUUGACUCAAAGCCAGAGGAUCGGGCCACCCCUCGGCAUAAACAGGAGCAGUUCCUGGAUAAGCCAGAAGAUGUUCUACAGAAGCACCAGGCCAGCAUCAACGAGCUGAAGAGGGCUCUGAAGCAGCCCAACAGCAAGAUGGCCCAGAGGGAGAAACGCCUCUCCUCUACUACUCCUGCUGGAGGAACCCCUGAGUGGAAAUCUGAGACACCUCCCACACCUGCGAUUCACGAGGAGCCUUUCAGCGACAGGGAACUAUGGGAAAGACGCCUGGGCUCUGUAUCGGAAGAUGACCAGGACCAGGAUAGCCUGUACCUGAGGGAAACCCACCUGGGCAUCGAACGCAAGUGCUCCAGCAUCACGGUCAGCUCCACGUCCAGCCUGGAGGCCGAAGUGGAUUUCACCGUCCUCACUGACCUGCACACAGGCAUGGAGGAGUUCUCCAAGGGCAUGUUAGAGCUGGGAGACAGGGAUCUGUCACCCGAUGGCGGUCUGUGCCUCAGCAUCGACUUACUUCAGCAGCAGGGCCCCUCGGAGCCGCCUCAUCCGUUAAUGUCAGCCCCUCUGUCCAGAGGAGCCAGCAGCAGCCCUCCGGCCAAACACAUCCAGGCUGAAGAAGUCAGAGGAGAGGUCAAACGGCCCGAUGUUCAGCCUGUAGUUCCCAAAAAACCAAAGAGAUCGGUGCCGGUGUCGUCGUCAGUUGACCGAGAGCAGUGGCACAGAGAAGCAGGUCGUGCCCCCGCUGUCACGCCCCUGAGCAGGGAAGCCAGCGAUGUUAUGCCCACACCGGCAGUGAGGAAGACGGAUGUCAGGACGGAGACUCAGCCCAAUGGGUCAGAGGUCACCACGACCAUCGUGGAGUUCACAGAUCAGGAUCACGGUAUCGCUGGCCUAGGGGAAGUUUGUUACUCUACGAGACAGAGUGUUUCCCCUGUGCACAUGAGCAGUCUUGGCAGAGAGUCGGCAGGGUCGCCCAUCCUUGUCGCUGAAAACGUUACCUCGGCAACCACUCACGUCACCAAGACGGUGAAAGGAGGAUAUUCAGAGACCAGGAUCGAGAAGAGGAUCAUCAUCACUGGAGACGAUGAUGUAGACCAAGAACAGGCGCUGGCCAUCGCAAUACAGGAAGCCAAGCAGCAGCAUCCAGACAUGCAGGUGACCAAGGCAGUCGUUGUCAGGGAAACGGAAUCGUCCACUGAGGAUCGACACGGUGCAUCCGAGUGCUGAUUUGCUGUGACGAGAGCGCCCCCCAUUGGACCAGAAGCGCCAGUGAAAUUGCCACCUAACAUCCCUCCUGAUAGACUACUGCCAGUGGUGCUCAGACGGAGCCUCUUGUAUACACACACAGACACACACACACACACACACACACACACACACACACACACACACACAGAAGGCUGAACCAGGACUCCUUUUCAAACGCUCCUGUUUGAUUUGCAUUCACGGUUGAAAAUCUUCACCUUUAACAGUUUGACAGUGAUGCUAAACUUUAAUCGUGGUCUUCAAUUCCAAACAUCCGGAACAGUUAAAUACAUCAUAUAAAUAAAUUCCCCUCAAAGCUCUCAGGACCUCACUUGCUUCAGUCCUCUUCAAAGGUCAAAGGUCUUGAGUGUAGAAGGGGUUUGUUUUGAUAAUGUGUGCACUCAUUCACAAUGUGGAAAUGUGGAAGUUACCCAUCUCAUACAGACAAUAUCAUCUAGAGAAUUAGGAAUAUGUAAAACAAAUUGCCAUGCACACACUUAAGUGUUUCUUACAUGUCCGUCCUGCUGUAUUUAAUAACGAGAGAUCAUCCUGCUGUGUGUGCUGAAAACAAACCUCACUGUGUGUCCUUACACUUUGUCACAGACUCUGUCACAUGCAGCUCUGGUUGUGUAGAAGGCAUCAAGUGGAUUUUAGUGGGAGCAGAAGAAGCUCCAUGUUUAGAUUUCACUCCUGCACAGCCAGUCCCGUGAACGAAGGAGCGUCGUCCCACCCACCUCACACUGACCGAUGGCGAUGCACGGAUGAGAGACAUCAUGCUGCGUCCACCGUGUCCCUGGUGUCGGUUCCGGACCAAAAAGCAGAGCCGAGUCUGAUCCACAAACUUCCCUCUGUCUGUUUUUAUUUCACCACGAUGUGUGGGUGGCACGGAUGCAAGGACAACAAACUGCUGCAUUGCGAUGGACACUUGGUUGGAUUUUCUGCGUACAGCUCUGCACACUAGGAGUUGUUAAUACACAUGGUGUAGCUGUUGUAUUUAUUCCAAUGGUGGCAAUGUAGUUUCUGAGUUCCUCUCCCAGCCUUUAGACGUGCUUUCUGAGUCCAGCUGGAUCUAGUUCCACUUUGGCCAUUUUCGUGUAGUAAGUACAUAGAGUAGGCUCACACCCUUGUUCGAGUUGCAGAACAAGCAUCAGUAAAUUUACUAUUUGAGAUAAUACUUGCAUGAUGAUUUCUUGCAUUAUUGGAUUGUAAUUGAAUAAUAUUGAUAUGAGAAGAAGGAUGGAUAACGACAUCCAGGAUCAUGAAGGAAAAUCACACAGAGGUAAAGGAAGUUAUGUAAUUAUAUAAACACAAUCUGAAGUCAAAUCUAUAAGCUCUGACGUGCAAAAGAGGAAAUGAAGCUUCCUGACAGGAAAUGAGGAGUAGUCAUGGGAAAAUGUGGGAAAGAUCGAGCACACAAUGUGUUCAGGUUGUUUGUCAAUCCCCACGUCCAAUAAUAACACAUUAGCUACAGCUUGUCUCAGUUACGACCUUUUUUGUUUUACAUUUCAAUCUAAUAUCCAGUCACUGGUGCUGAUUAAUAUAUCCUAACAUAUCUGGUUACUGUUAAUUCAAUCCCCCAUGAAGAAACAUAAAGUAAUAACCACUUUCAGUUGAGGUGACUGAUGUUUUUCCAUUGUUUUUCUUCAUCUUUUACGAUUCUCUGCUGAACUAGUUCUGUGAAUCAGAGGCCGUCCAAUACUCUUUAAAGCAAAGUGCAGUGUUAGAGAUGAAUAAGACACACAGUAGGGGCCGCAUCUUUGAACUUUACGUUGUGUGUGAUUUGGUGCAUGAAUGUUAGCGGGAUGCCAUAGAUGUGUAGUGUGCCAACUAAGGUAGCGGUGAAAUUGUACAAACUCUGAUUUUGUAUGAAAUAACUUUAUAUGAACAAUCUGCUUUUACUUUCACAAGUGCCCGAAAAUCAAACGCAUAAACUUGGCAUGAAAAGGUUUGUCCUUUAAAAUUCCUGUCUCCUCUUAAUGCAAAAGCUAUGUAACGAAUCAACACUCGCAGCAGCAAAUCAUUGGAUUGAGAAACAAUGUCAAAAACAGUCAUGUCAGGUUUAUGAACUGUGUAACUUUGGCUUUCAGACACUAAACUUUGCAGUUAAUGUUUCACAUGUGCAGUGUAACUCCUGUCGUGUUUCAUAUCUUGGUUCAGUCUCCUAAAGUGACGUUAUCUCAUGGAUGUGGGUGUCAAACUGGAAGGUGCGGGGAAAAAAAAAAUAAUGCAGCCGUGCAAACCUUGUACUGUGUAUUUGGUGGCGUUUUGGUGGAUUGUGACGAUGUCAAGUAGUUAAUGGCCAGGGAUUGUAUGUACACUAGGGGGCACCAGUUACCUAAAGGAUGAGAGCUUUGCAACAACACCGGGGCAUUACCGACUGAAAAUCCUUCUCACUGUCGUUCACCGGAGGCAAAAUGAUCCACGUCAUCCUCGGGUCAGUCUGGAAGGUCACACUCGCCUCCCUCGGUCCAGAAAAGGGGGCUCAAGGAAAUCUGACAAGUGGUGACCUGAAUGUGAUUAAUGACAGACACUUGGCCUGAAGUUGAGGCUCUUGGUGCCUGACUGAUUGGACGACCUCUGACUGACCCUUAAACCUCACCCAGUCCUUUCUGCAAAGAGCCGUCCUCCCUCUCAUCCACAGCAGCUUCGUCUCCUCUGCUCUUCAUUGCUUGGUGCUGUGUCUUUGCUGUACAUUAUACUUGCACUCCUUCCAAAUGAAUAAACAGAAGAGAGAAAAAAAGAUGAGAUGAGAGGAAAAAAACCUUUGUUUGAUCUCUACCAUGUUAUCAGUGUUUGUCUUAUCAUGGCUGGUAUGUGCAUAUUUGCCCUAUAGGCCUAAUUAUAGUAUAAUAGGGCUUAGGGUACUUACUGUACACAGUUGAGUGUGUGUGUGCGUGUGUCUGUGUGCAUGCACGUGUGUGUCCAUGCACAUGUGUGUAAGUGUGUGUGUGUGUACUUCUAUCUCUGAGGACCAUUUAGACUAUAUAGCUUAAGGAGUGAGGUUAUUUUCAGUAAGUGGGGACAUUUUGCCAGGUCAUCACAACUUCAAAGGCUGUUUCAGGGUUAGAAACAGGUUAGAGUUGUAUCACACAGAGAGGGAUCGUGUUUGUGUGUGUGUGUGUUUACAUUAUUGUCUACCGCCACAGGCUGUUGGUUUCAAAAGUGCACAUGGGCAGCCUUAGAAGAGGUGCAUCAAGGCUGUCUGUCCUUAUCACUGAAAAUGUUCCUCAGAGGGUGUGUGUAUGUCUGUGUGUUUUUUUGCAGUAUAAUGUAUCCCUUCAUGGGUUGGUAUGAAAAUAAUUUAACGAAUAAAAUGAGAUGACUGCAUAAUAAAAAGGUUGAUAAAACGGAGCAAAAUGUAUGUUUUGUUUCCAGGGCUUGUUUAUGUAUUAAUUCCUCCAUGUGGUCCAAGCAGUAGUUGCUGCAAAUGCAUCCUAGAACCUAAAAAUAACAACGUUGAACCUGUGGGAAAACAACUUCUAUGGAAGAGAAGUUACUGUAUAUAAUCUAAUUAGUGUGGUGAUAUUCAGAUGUGGGUCAUUGAUGUGCUGCUCUAUCAAGUUCAGAUACUUUUGAGAUAUGAUUACUAAUUGUUAUUUCUCACAGUCAUGCAGACACAGCAGAUACUGUGGUAUAGAACAAAGUGAUACUGUCCUGGGUGGGUGUCAUGUGGACCAAACAAAUGAUGACGUAUCUGUUCUCAAAAUAUUGAUCAGGAGCAUUCAUGGAAGAAUAACCGACUCGCUUGUGUGAUUUGAAACAGGAGAUGGGCCGGUAACCAUGAUAACAAUGACCCUAACUAAUACAUCUACAGCAGAGGAGAUUAAAGAAGUGGACAUUUUCUAAAGCCACUUAUUACACUUUUUUGUUUUGUUUAUUAGUGAUUUUUAUCCCACACUCUUCUACCACCCUUACUGUUAUUUUUGCCAUUUUAUUACAUUAUAUUCAUUUGUAUAUCUCCAUUUUAGUCUCUCGUUGUUUUCUAAUUGUUUUAACAGUUUAUUUUCUUUGUUCUUGUUUUAUUUUUCUUAUGUCUGUCUUAUUGUCAUGUUGUCAAUCAUAUGUGACGCACUUUCAACUGCACUCACCUGCAUGAAAGGUGCUUUAUAAAUAAAGUCUGCUUGAUUGACUGAUA